AUGUCUUUUUGGCGAAACUUCUUGAUCUAUGCUUUUUUGUGCCUGGGAGUCUGUUGGGCGAUGCGCAUACAGGGUGUGGCAGUCCGUGGAACACUGAGGUGUGGUCCCGUGCCAGCGAAUCACAGCAAAGUUCGCAUUGUUGAUAUCGACUACGGAAUCGAUCCCGACGACACGCUGGACGAUAAGCGGACAGAUGAGCAGGGUCGUUUCGAACUCACCGGCACCACACGCGAGCUGACGCCGAUUGACCCUGUACUAUACAUUUGGCACGAAUGUUUGGAUGAGGACACGCCGUGCUCUCGGAAGUUGAAGUUCGUAAUCCCGAAGACCGUCAUUAUUCACAAUGGCAAUCCGACACCAGAACAAUGGUUGGAUACCUUUUCGAGAAGGAUGAUGUUCCCUGGUGGUGUAGGAAGUUCCGAAUUGCAGCAAGCUGCUGCCGAGAAAGUCAAGAGAGAUAUUGGAACCUUCUUCAUUUUCGGAUUCCUCAUUGAGGCUGUGGCCUUUGGAGCUUCUUACUUGAAUAUCGAAGGAUUUCUCGUCUAG